GUGGUGGUAGCGAUGACACGUGUCACCGCGGAGUUGGCCGGCUGUUUUUCCGCUGAUCUCCGAAUACACUUUUCCUUUGAACCGCAAACCUGUGAAAUGGCAUUGGCCCAACCGGCAACGACGACUCUAUCAUCUCAGCCAAUGGCCGAUCAGUCCCGGUCGGGAUCUGAGCCAGAAAUUAAGAGAAAGGGAUUACAGUGGAACUUGACCGUUGCGAAGGACUGGCUUACUAUGAACAAGGAUAUGAAGAUUGCGACUUGUGCUGAUAUUCGGGAGAAGGCACUCGUUGGAAUUGGGGAACUGGAAGUUUUCGACCCCAGGCGUCCACGUCUUCGGCUUGGUGGUCGGAAUCCACGACGGAUUAAAACCAAUGCUGUGAAGCGCAUUGGUAAUGAUAUUUACAACGAUGCUGGUCCCCGACGUCUCACCCCAGACAUGGCUAUUCAUUUGGUUGUGCGGCGAUCUUGGAUCCAAACUCAAGCAUGGCCUCGCCAAAUCACGCAUCAGAACUAUCAGUCUCUUCCGCCUGUCGUAUUCUCAGAUGCUGGUCAGGAGGCAGCCAGUUCAAACCAGAUCCAUGUCAUAAAUGGACAACAUAGAAUUGCCGGGUUACGACGUGCUUACGAAACAGCAGAGACAAAGUUGGAGCAGCUUGAGCAAGCCAUUGAGAGGCAAGGGGAAGAAGAAGAAGAAGAAGCCAAGGCUGCAGAACUUCAACGCCUGCGCAGAGACGAGCUGGACAAGCUUGAGAAGUUGAAGACAUGGCCCUGCAACAUUUGGGAUCUUGACGUCAUUGAGGCAGAGGAGACAGGAAAUCUGCUAAUCGAUCUCCUUUCCCAAAACAAGGACACUGUUGAAAUCAAUGCGACGGAAGAGGACCGACUUGCCCCCCUGUAUCAACAGCUUCUUGGGCUCCAGAGGAAGGAUGGUUGGCGCCCAGAAUUGUGGCGCUCUGUUGCAUGCCAACAGGGGGUGGGAGGACACCAAUCGCGGCUCGAAGAACUCAUCAACAAACAAGACAUGGUCCGAAAGUUUGGAACAAUUGUGAUGGACCACAGAACUACCCGAGGUAUGAUGGAAAUGACACGCAUUGGGCGUUACUACCGUGACUGGAGUGGGUUUACUGUCAACCAUAUCUCAACACGAACAGUGAAGAUGACAUCCUCGUACCUCUGGACUUACAUUCAAGCCCAGAAUGAACUUCUGGGCUUGGUAUUCUGCAAUUCGACAUCGGACGCAAAUUUCCCAUAUGAAAAAUUUCAAACAAUUCUUGCCAAACAUGCAAAGGCCAAGUCCCCUGCGAUUCGAGAAACACACAAGAAGCAACUUGAAGAGCUUGCUGUCGAAUUUAUCACUACCUUCAUCGACCAAGUGGAAUCCAUGCCAGACCUCGAAGAGUAUUACACCAUGGAGUUUUGGAAGGGUGUUGAGAAGGCGGAAGUUGAUUCUGGUCUCGCAUUGCCUGGAGGAAAGAAAAAGAAACAUCUCUAUGCUGACGAUGUUUUCCAGGUUGCCACACUAACUCAACAAGCCAAAUAUAGCAACUAUAUCAAGGAAGUUCGGAAAGGGAUUGAGAAAAUUCUCUCCCAUGCCAAGGACCUUUUAGAUCCCCAUGUCAAAUUAGCUGCCCUCAGCCGCUUUGACAUCUUAUUCUCAGGGCACCUCUAUAACAUUCGGAUGGUCCUUAUGAGCACCCCAUUACUUGACAAAUUCGAGGAUAUCUGUGGGCAAUACAUGGAAUGUUUCCGUGAGAUUCAUGCCUGGGUGGACCCAAUCUCUGCCUACUUGCUUGAGUGGCCAAAGGACGAUCCUGCAGAUCGUUCAUAUGUCUUGUUUGACUCGUUUAAAAGGGAUAUUCUUCUUACAAAUCACCAUCACAUUGAACUUGUAUUUGCAAUGCAUGUUGUCUGUAACAUGCUGCCUCACUUCUCAAACUGGAUCAUCGAGAUGGAAAGGAGCCCUGAGUACAUUUUCCUCCCUCAACUCGAGACUGCCCGGCUUCCUAAGGGCUUUUGGCAACAAGUGAAUGUCUACGGAGCAGCACAAGGAAAGGGCAAGGGCAAGAAAGGUGCCAGAGACAACAGUGAUGCUGUUCCCCCUAUUCCACCAAACUAUACGAAUGGGAUUUUCGCAUCAGGUCGGCUGGCUCUGACCUGGCAGAUGGAAUGUCAGCAUUUCCGCACCUGUCAAGAUGUGUUUCGCACAUGGAAUGUGAACGAAGAACCAAAGGCUCUACGCCAUGCCUCACGCUCAGUCAAGGACAUUCUUCAUAGAGCCAUGUCAGUGUAUUCCUCCAUCACAGUUUUUGAUGGGAAGAGCAACAAUUUGCAACGUAUCUCCUCGAAGUGGAGAAUUGCGAUGCUGAUGUUGCUGGUCCAUGAUGCCAAAUGCCGCCGACCCCUGAUGAGAAGCCAUGGGAUUUCCGCCUUCCUCUAUACCUCUCUUGUCAAUGCAGUUAGGUCUAGUGCGAUCGACCCCAAAGAAUUCGACCUUGUCUCUUCUCAUCAGAAGAAUGCUGCAAGUGACAGGUAUGUAUACCUUGAUGACCCAACCCUCUUUGUUCGGCGCCUUCAGGGGCUGCCUGAUGAGUCCGAGACUGAGGACGAAGAUGGGGAGUCACCCUUGGCUCAGUAUAACCUUCGGCGUCGCCAACAUCAAAGUGACAUCCAAGUUCUUCGUGACACAUUUAAAAAUAUGCCCUGGAUCCACUCCCACGAGCGGAUUAGUGCCCCCCUCGAUUGUGGACUCAUAGAGGCAUGGAAUGACUUUGAAACAGCACUCCGCCGUUACUCGAUUGUUUCAUCCCUGAAUGCUGUGAUCACUGAUGAGGAAAAAUAUGGAACUACCAUCCCAACAGCCCUCCAUGAUGAAGAUAUCCAUGUUACCGAGUGGAUUAAACCAUCCAAAUUCGAGUACAAGCCCAAUGUGUACAAGGGCUCUACAUUGCGAUCUGACCACUCAGCACCCCUCCCAAAAUUCCUUUGGAAUCACAAAGAUUUUGAUUUUAUUGCUCCAGGUGGUGACAGUGCAGGUGGUGACAGUGCAGGUGGUGACAGUAACAAUGGGGAUGGGGAGAGUAGCAAUGGGGGUGGUAAGGGUGGUGGUGAGAGUGACAACAAGAGCAGUGAGAGUGACAACGAGGGUCACAAGAAUGCUCCAGAUAAGGGGAAGCAACAUAUAGUUCAGGAUGUCAGCCCUUCUGAUCUAAAGUCACAGCCUGCUCCCCAGGGUGAUGAGGAUGAAUCAUCAUCACUCUCAGAUGGUGAGGACUGGCUACUCUCUCGCAAGCACCCUUGUGAACCUGGGGAGUCCUUACCUACCUCUCCAACACGUGUCCCAGCCAAACGGGCCCGAGCUGCUGACACCCUUGCUGUCCCUUCACGACAGAGUAAUCGACUUCAAAACCGCUCCUCCACCCCUGUGGUCUCCCAAUCAUCCACGAACCCCAACCCAAGAACAGGCAACCUCAUUGCUAACACUAGUGGGCUCAAGAAGCUGGGGCACUAAGUAUUUCCUUGCUUUGUAUUCACUCUCUUCACUCAUUGUAAAAUACAUUGUUCUGCUGCUGAGAUAUGCAGUCAAGGACCCAACUCGACCAACUGUAUAGGGGUCAAAUUUCAAUUUGCAUAAAU